AUGGAUUAUGGACCAGCCAGGAACUCACCAUUUAGAAACCUGCUGAAAAUAUUUUGCCUUCUCCCAACAGUGGCUUACGCUCAGCUACUCCACCCAGGCGAUGCGAAGUACGAGGAGCAGGCCGUGCGGGGGGUGCGGCACCAGUCUGUGCAGCUGGCUUGUGGCGACGUGGUCUCGCCCAUGGUGGUUUUUUGGAGCUUCACCAAGCUGGGCUCGCUGGUGCCCAGGGCCGUUGCCAUCAGCAACGGGAUAGAGUCCAAGGUAGAGAAGGCUUCUGCGGCCCUGGGGCAGGUGAGCCUGCAGAACGGCACCCUGGAAGUGAGCGACCUGCAGACGGCUGCCCAAGGGCACUUCAUGUGCCAGGCAAUGUUCGAGGAGGACGGCGAGAUCAAAGUGGGCUACUUCUACAUAGAGCUGGUCGUGCUAGUUCCCGUUCCGAAGCCCUUCCUGCAGAUGACCGACCCCACGCCGGUGGAAGGCACGGUGGUGAUGAUGACGUGUGCGGUGAAGGAGGGGACGCCUCCCAUCGGGUACUCCUGGCACCGCCACACCAACAGGGAGGGUGCGGUGGCUGUCGCGGAAGCUGCCGGCGGGCUGCUGAACCUGACAGCGGCUAACCGGACUGACAUGGGCUGGUACGCCUGCACCGCCCACAACGAGGUCAACAGCCAGACCAGCGACAGGAUGUAUCUCGACGUCAUUUAUGGCCCUGAUGAACCCGUGAUCAAUGUUGAGCCGUUUGCUAUUAACCAGAACGGCUUCUCAGCUAACGAGCAGGAGGAGGUGAUCCUGACCUGCCUGGCCCCUUCCAACCCGCCCAGCCACUACAUCUGGUUUUACAACAGCUCCCAGAUCUACUCCGGCCAGAAGUAUGUGAUAGCCAAGAUCUCCCGGACUCAGACGGGCACCUACACCUGCCUGGCCCAAAACACACAUCUCAAUACGCGCACUCAGACCACCAUCAUCCUCACCGUCUACUAUCUGCCCGAGGGGAAGCCGAGCUGCACACCAGUCCCUGCUGCCAAUUUCCGGGACAUUGCUCUGCAGUGUUCGUGGCCUGGCGGGUUCCCCCCAGCGCGGCUGCGGUGGGUGAGAGCCGGCCGGGAAGCAGACGCUGCAGCGUCCUACUCCAAUGCUACCAGAAUCCACCGAGGGGUGGACAUCCGGAACGGCAGCUCGUACACCUGCCUGGCCUCCCACCCAGCACUCAGAGAGGAUGCUGUCUGCACCACCACUGUGUGGGUCCCCGUGGGGAACCCCACCUGUUCUGCCAUGGCUACGAAGCAGAACGAAUUCCUCAUGCUGUCCUGCGACUGGGCGGGAGGCCUGCCCCGUGUCACACUCUGGUGGAGAGACUGGCGGAACCGCGUGCUGGGUGGCUUGAAACCAUCCAGCAACAUCUACGUCAUGCAGUCCAACAGCACCCUUGGGGGCAAGGAGUUCACGUGCAUCGCAGCCCACCCUCUGCAGGCCAGAGCCACGGAGUGUCUUGUCCGGCUGGAUGUUCCCAAGCUGGCGGCCGAGCGCACCGAGGUGUCGCUGUUCGAGGGCGGCGAGGUCCAGCUGGCCUGCGCGCUGCAGGGCCCCCACCUGGGCUCUGAAGUGUUCUGGUUCAACAACAAGCACCAGGUGAUCCGGCCGGAUGCUGCGAAGUACAGGCUGCAGCAGAGCGACGCCUGGUUCAACCUGACCAUCUGGGACACCGAGUGGAUGAGGGACAGCGGCACCUACCACUGUGCGGCCGUGAACGCCGUGGGCAACACCACCGUCCCUAUCAGGCUCCGCGUGAAGAAGUACCCGACGCCCCCCAACGUGACGAUCAGCAAGCUGAUGUACACCCGGCAGCGCACUGAGGUGCAGCUGGAGUGGGUGACGCAGGGCUCGGGGAACCUGACCGGCUUCGUCGUCCAAAGGCAAGAAGCAAAGAAAUCCUCGCUGGGCCCAUCCCGGUCGGCAGCCCGGGCCUGGGAGACGGUGGCCAGUGACAUAGAACCUGACAUCCGGGACCACAGGGUGGGCGGCCUGGACCCGGCGGUGGUGUACGCCUUCCGCAUCCUGGCUGUCAACCACCGCACCACCGGGCACCCGUCCGAGGGGAAGACCCCAGCUGACCCCCCUUUCAACGCCUACCCCGCCGUGAUAGGCGCUGCAGUAGCAGGGAUGGUCGUGGCGGCGGUUGCCUCUCUGCUGGGGUUUCAGUACAUCGUCCGGAACCGGGACAACAACCCACGUGAGUGCGGGGGAGGCCGGGGCCUCUUCUCGCUGCCGCUGGGGCUGUUCCGGUCAGGGGAAGCAGGCGCAGCGGAGAGCACAGGGCUAGAACAUGGGGAAUACCCAUGCAGCACAGCUAGACUGGGACCCAGCUGA